CAUCAACGAUUGGCCAGACAGCAUUGGGGCGAGAAUUGCCGCCAAUCAGCGUCAGUUUAGUGUACAGUUUCUCUUUGUCACUCUUUAGGAGUUUCAAUGUUGCGCAAAGAGGAGGGGUUCGGGCCGCCGCCAUAGUCGUCAUGUACCCAAGGUUCUUUUCUCCACGGAGUUAAACUCUGCUGUCUACUCCCCGGGAAACUAUGGACGGUUUCCCCAACUUUGACUGAGGGUCUCGUUCCUGAACCUCAUCUUAACUAGAACCUUAUCAUGGCAGAGGGAACCCUUCGAGACCAAGAACUGAUCGGCGAGAAAUCUGAUGUCACACACCAGGAACUUAUUCACCAUGGACAGCUCUCAGAAGAGGAGCUGGAGAUUGAGAUGAGAUUGAGGCGAAAGAUUGACUGGCGAAUCAUGCCCCUGGUAAUCCUGGUCUAUCUGAUGAACUAUAUUGACAGGAAUAAUUAUGCUGCUGCGAAACUCCAAGGCCUUGUUGACGAUCUUCAUCUUGUCGGUGACCAGUAUCAGGUCGGACUUUCGAUCCUCUUCGUAGGCUACAUUCUCAUGCAGGUGCCUUCAAACCUUCUCUUGAACUACGCUGGUCGGCCUUCGUGGUAUCUUGGCUUCUUUACGAUGGCUUGGGGUCUGGUAUCGGCAUGCACAUCGCAAGUCAAGAGCUACAGCGGCAUUGUUGCGUGUCGAUUUAUUCUGGGAAUUGUUGAGGCCCCGUUCUUCGCUGGUGUGCUGUUCUAUCUCUCGAAAUGGUACACAAAAGAAGAGCUGGCGAAGAGAAUGGCCAUCUUCUACAGCGGCUCUCUCAUCUCCGGCGCCUUUGGCAAUUUGAUAGCAGCCGGCAUUCUAAAUGGCCUGGAUGGCAACAUAGGAAUGGACGCCUGGCAGUGGCUGUACAUUAUCGAAGGUGUCAUCACUGUUUUCAUUGGCUUGCUUGUCGCCCUAAUUCUCCCAGACUUCCCAAAUACCUGGCGCGCUUUCUCUCCCGAGAUGAAGCGCGUCGCUAACCGCCGUCUUGCCAUCGAUGCCGCCGAAGCAGACGUCGAUGAGACUGGCGGUAUGUCGCAAAUUCAUGGGAUGAAACUGGCUUUUAUGGAUCCGAAGACAUACAUGCUAGCAGUCGCAUAUAUGGGCAUUACCGGCGCGGCGGGAUUCCAAAAUUUCUUCCCCACGCUAACCAAGACACUCGGCUACAAUGAAAUCAUCUCUCUCCUGCUCGUCGCCCCACCCUACGUCUUCAUGGUGUUUUACUCUUAUGCACACUGCUACACCUCUGAUUACAUCGGCAACCGCUUCUGGUUCCUCGCGUAUCCAGUCUUCUUCUCUAUCGCCGGCUUCAUCAUUUUCAUGACCACAAACUCUUUCGGCCCCCGCUAUUUUUCCUUCUUCCUCAUGAACUUCGUCUUCGCACAAAAUGGUACUAUAUACGCUUGGAUCUCCAACGCAAUCCCUCGUCCACCCGCAAAACGCGCCGCCGCCUUCGCGUUCAUCAACUCCAUCGGUAACUCCGCUUCUAUCUGGACCCCGUUUACAUACUUCCCAAGCAGCGCGCCGCAUUAUCGCCCUGCCUUAGGGAUUUGUAUUGGGUUGGAGGUUCUAGCGUUGGCGAUGUUUCUGGGGAUGAGGGUUUAUUUGCAGAUGCAGAAUAAGCAGCUUGCUAGGAUGGAGAAUGAGAAUGCGAUGUUGACGCAGAAGGAUAUGCGGAUGUUGCAGAAGACGGCUGAGUUUGAGGGGAUUAAUAUUGCGGCGGCGAGGGUUAUGCAGAAGGGGUAUAGAUUUAUGACGUGAGGUGGCUGAAUUGGGGUGAUGGAGUGUUUUAAAGGCGUGUACGGAGGAAGAGGGGGAUAAGGUGGAGGUGAAGGAUAGCCUGAAAGUG